CCAUCUGCUUGAUUUUCUAUCACAUCGCGGCCAAAACUGCCAUUUAAAUUUGCUUGUUCAUAUUUUAAAGCCUUCAAAAAUACAGCCAUAAAGUAGUCUCAAGCUGACAAUGAACUGGAUUGGAGGACAAAGAAGCACGGGCAAAAAAGACCUUAAAACUCGGCAAAAAAUGUUCUUUGCGCAGCAUAGAAAAAGAGCUGAAAAUUCGCACCAACUGCUAGAAAAUUCAGUGACAGACAUCCACGCAAUUGCAGGUUCCGCUGAUGAUUAUACCGCCGAGCUGGUCAAAAACGAGAGUUGGUCGCAUGGCAUCCACUCGUCGCCGCACAUCAAGCGCAUCAGGGGGAGCUUUGACAUUUUCGCGCUUGCGGGGAAGGAAGAGUUUAUUAGACUAAGGUCGUGGCCAGAUUCGGAAUACAAUAGCGUCACUGGUAGUGGCGUCCAGGGUGUUUCUGAGAUUUCCCCCGCGCUGGCAACGCAUUAUGGCACAACAGAUAUUGGCGCGAGCGAAGCACCGCUCAUGUCGUCAGCAUACAGCGGAACCUGCCAGAGCGAUACCAGCGAAUGCUAG